CAUCCACAGCAAUCUCUCUUACCGGUUUCAAUCAGUUUUUCAUACUUAUUCUUGGCUUUCAGUCACUGUAUAUUAGAUUGUCAUAAUCUUUUUGCAGAAGAACUAAAUCUUCAAGUUUGAGAAAGUUGUAGAGCUGAAUAGAAUCAAUGGGUGAGGGUGCUAAAUCUGGGCCGACUUUGAAUGGAGCCACCAUUUCAGCAGGAGGUCCAGCUCCUCCACCUGUGACUCCUCCCAGGCAGAGGCGGGGCUCGUGCUGUGGCCCAUGCUGUAUACUCAAGCACAUUUUAGGGCUUUUAAUUACGCUCAUCAUUGUUGUGGGCAUUGCAGCACUUGUUAUCUGGUUGGUUUUGCGCCCCAGCAAACCCAAAUUCUACGUAGACACUGUGCAAUUCAGUAACAUCAUCAAUAGCACCAGCAGUAACAUCGUGCUGGGGAUGAGCAUUCGGAAUGCAAAUAAGAAGAUCGGCAUCUACUACGAUGCCCUAAGGGUAUCUGCGUAUUAUAGUGGAGGGGGGACUGUUGGAGUGGACGCUUUGGAGGAGUUUUAUCAGGGCCACAAGAAUACUACAACUUUACGUCCACUGAUUAUUUCUGUUGGAAAUGUUUAUUUGCCGCGGUCCACUUCGAUGGGCGUUGAGGAUGUGGAAUUGAAAUUGCGAUCUCGCGUUCGUUUCAGGGUAGGCAAAGUUAAGACCAAUCGUUUCAAACUGAAAGUGAAGUGCUAUGUUUCUGUGCCGCUGAAUGAAGCGAGUGCUUCUGCCUUCACUCGUAAGAAAUGCGAUGUAGAGUUGGAUCAUUAGAUUGCAGAUAUCCUGUGGUUUCUUCAGUCCGUAUUCAUUUGUUAUUUUAGUUUUUCUUGGCUCUGCUAUCGUCGUUAGAGCUUGUUAAUAAGCAUUUGGUGUAUGUAAAUCAUUUUAUAAUAAAAGUUUGCUGUUUCUGUAUGA